AGUCAUGUGACCAAUGCGGUUUACGUCACACCAGGAAGUGAAGCCGCUGUCAUUCCAGUGUUUUCAUGCGUGUUUUCAUCGGUGAUGGAGGAUAUUCUUGGCUGAAUGGUACCGCCAACUAAACCAUGAAACGUGGAAAUUUUCGUCAACGGUAACAGAGACUUCACUCUGCUUUUCCAUCAGCGACAACGACGGGUACUGUCAGUAACCGCGAAUCAACUAACGCGAUGAAAUUGUAGCUGAAAAGGUCAUUCUGGAAUAAAUCCAAGGAGGUUCAUCCUGCAAAAUCUCAUAGAUGGGGACAGCAAACAUUUCCGAUCCCACGGAGUGAAGCCCUGAGGCGCAUGUGGACCAAGUCAGCGUCUGGACUGAGCUAACAGACUUCUGUUUGCACGACUGCAAUGAUGGCCUUUGGAGCCAGAACAGUCCUCCUAACUCUGAGGUACACCAUCUCCUCCACACGAACCAGAAUCCUCCAAAACUCCAGGACAUGUUUAUUUAAAGGAGGCCGGAUUUUAACCCAGGUACCCAAGGUUACACUGCUCUGUUUAGGAGCAGUCAAUGCAACAUGCUGUGCAGCAAGAUGUCAAGAAGCAAUCCUUCAACCUCAAACCUCAGAGAGAAAGUCUGUAGCUCGAGUCCAAGUGCAUAAACUAGUCUUUUUCCUCCGCCUCAGUUUUCGUGCAUUGGUGCUGCUCCUCAAAUUUGGUCCUCUUCUUCUCCUCUCUCCCUUGGCUCUGGUGUCUGCUCGCUGGGCCUCCCGCUGGAUGGAUGGCCUACUGUGGGUGACUGAGACAUCUGGUCCCACUUUUAUCAAGCUCGGGCAGUGGGCCAGCACCAGGCGGGACAUCUUCCCUCAGGAGUUUUGUGACCGGUUCUCCAAACUCCAUGUAAAGGUGCGCCCUCACCCUUGGGCUCACACCAAGCAGUGUCUCCGUCGAGCCUUUGGGGAGGGCUGGAGGAGGGUGUUAGUGUUUGAGAGCAAGGAGCCGGUGGGUUCUGGAUGUGUGGCGCAGGUGUACAGGGGCUGGGCAAAGCCGGACCAGGUGGAGGACCCAGCUUUCCAGUCGCUGGUGGAACAGAUGGAGAAGGAAGACUUGCUAGAAGCCUGGGAGAUCCCUGGACUGGGGGGAGUGGCUCGGUCUUUAUGGCAGCUCUGGAGUGGGAGUAAGGAGGAGGAGGGCUAUGAAGAAAGAGGUCACCCAGAGAGGUGGCAGGAGGAGAAAAUCCAGGAGAAGGAGCAUCUGAUACCUGUGGCCAUAAAGGUGUGUGACGACAGAUAAGUGGUCAUUUCUUAAAGGGAUAGUCCGGCAUAAACAAACCCUUUAAGUCUGUCAGCAAAUGUUAAUAAACUGUUUCUGGUGUUCUGCAGGUGGUGCAUCCAGGCGUCAGGAGGCAGGUGGAAAUCGACCUGCUGCUCAUGAAAGGGGGCAGUUGGCUCCUACAGUGCCUGCCUGGACUGAAGUGGCUCAGUUUGUGUGAGAUAGUCGAUGAGUUUGAGAAGCUAAUGACCAAACAGGUAGGAAUCAUCAGACCCGCUGGUUCAAAUACAAAUCAGGUGUAUCAUGUUUCACAGGAUGAAGAGAGAUUAAGAGUGUCAUCCUUUCAGUGGUCUCACUGUACCUUUAUUCCAGAUCGAUCUUCGGUUUGAGGCGAAAAACAUGGAGCGAUUCCGAGAGAAUUUCCGUGAUGUAAAUUACGUCAAAUUCCCAACUCCACUGCGACCAUUUGUCACCAGGACCAUCUUAGUCGAGACUUUUGAAGUAAGUAAAGAGAAAGUAGAAAACACUUCAUCAUAAGGUAGCGACAUCACACACUGUCUUCAGUUCAAGAGUUUUGAUUUCUGAACUAAACUAAAUCUGUUUUUUGUCAUUGAUGAUUCUCUGUUCAGGAGAGUGAGCCCAUAGCCAACUACCUGUGCGCUGAGAUUUCCCAGGAAGUGAAGCAGAGGAUUGCCAGGAUGGGUGUAGACACCAUGCUGAAGAUGGUGAGAUCUGUAGUAGACAACAUCCUGAUACGUCUACCUCUACUGUCGUAUCAUAGUUUGUGCUCUUCAACCCUUUAUGAGUAACUCUGAGAUAACUUCUGUUUACAUUUCUAAAUAGAUUGAGCUGUCAGACUGUAUGUUCAACUUGUUGUUUCUGAUGGGACACUGUCUCUGUCUUCUAGGUUUUUAUUGACAACUUUGUCCACGGUGAUCUCCAUCCUGGGAACAUUCUAGUCCAGCGCUUUGGACCUCUUCCUGGUUCCACAGACGAUACAAGUGCAUCAGGGGAGGCCCAUGGAAAAACCACCCUCACUGACUUGUGGGACACGGUGGUGGUGAGCGUCAGGCCAGAGCCGUACCCUCUCCAGUUGGUGCUGCUGGAUGCCGGCAUCGUAGCCCAGCUUAGUGACCACGAUCUUGCCAACUUCAAGGCGGUCUUCACGGCAGUGGUCCUACGACAGGUAAGGAGAGGUUGGAUCACGAUGGUCCCACUGACUGAAACACACUCCUAACAGUUGCUGACUGGGGUUCUGAUGUUCUCUGCUCAGGGUGAGCGAGUGGCAGAGUUGAUCCUGAAUCACGCUCGGGCGAAUGAGUGCCAAGAUGUUCCACAGUUCAAGAAGGAGAUGGCCCAGCUGGUGGAUCAUGCCCUCAGUAACACCCUCUCACUAGGAAAGGUAAAAACUAAGACUUAUGCUGUCUCUUGAGCUGUCAGGCAUUUAAUUAAUUUAUUUUCCUCUAUGAUUAUUGAACUGUAAUCACACUGAGGUCAGAUAGAAAUCUGUUUGCUUUUGUCAUUACUAGUCGUCCUGUUUCCCCUGAAAAAAUGAUCAAUAUCUGCACCAAGUAUUUUUUUUUACGAACUUACUUUAACACUGCUUUUUUAGACUCCAACCAUGUAAAAUUACUUGCAAUUUAUUCUCUAUGGAUCUAAUUAUCACUAUGAAUAAAAUACAAGUUAUCGACCUAUCCUGAAAUAAUUUAUUAAUCUAAGGUAACGAUUCACAAAGUCAAUCAUAUUGUAAUGUCAACUGUUUUUUUGUGUUUGUGUGUGUUUAUAGGUCCAAGUGGGUGAUUUGCUCUCCAGAGUUUUUGGUCUACUCAUUAAACACAAGGUAAAAAUGCACUUUUGUUCAUUAUUAUUUCGGCUAUAAAGUAGUUAGAUGCAACAGCGUGCAAACUUCAUGGAUGUAUAGGCUGUAUAUCCUUCCUGACAACCACGGCUGCACACAGAAAGCUGGUGAAUUCACACACUAGGGUUUUCCCAUCAUAGACGUUGAGACAGUUAAAAAGGUUUCUGGUUUUGUCUUUUGAAAUUAUAACUCACUUUUUGCAGGAAUUAUAACUGUAUGCCCGACAAGAUCUCUAGACAAACUAGUCUCCAUUAAAAAAAUGAAAUUUCAGAGACUGAAUAAUAAUCCUGAGAUCAGUCGUGAUAUGGAAACAUGUGCUCUGGUUUAAAGGAUUUAAAAUUUAAUUAAAAGAAAACAAAAGUAGAAGAAACAAUCAUGAUCACGUUACUAAUAAUCUUCUCAACUGUGCUUGUUUAGGCCUGAGUUCGUAGAUUACAUCACCAACAGUAACUUCAACAUUUCUUACUGCUUGUUUUCCAGGUGAAGUUGGAGAGUAAUUUUGCGUCCAUUGUUUUUGCCAUCAUGGUGCUGGAGGGUCUGGGAAGGUCACUUGAUCCUAACUUGGACAUCCUGGAUUUGGCCAAACCGCUGCUGCUGAAGAACUGUGCCUCACUUCUCUGACACAAAAACACACAGAUAGCCUAAAAAUAAAAGAAUCCUAGUGACAUACAUCCUUAACUGUAAACAGCAUCUGUAAACAAACACAGAUCAGUCAUUUGUGCGAGUAGGUUAAGUGUAAUACAUGUCAGAUCAAUGCUUCAAUGCUUUAGUGGAUCGUAGAUAUUUUACCUCCUAAUUCCACAAUUUUAAGAUGUCUAGAAGUGAACAGUGAAUAAUUUGGCUGUAGACUUAAAUCUUCUGUCUCAUCACUAAAUCUAGAUGCCAAACCUAACCAUGAGUUACACAUUUGUGGAGAUUACACUUGACUGCUAUUAUUUUCCAUCUGAUUGUAACACAAAUAUUUCACUCAUCAAAAUCAACUUCUACAUGCUGUACAUGAGGCAUCACUUCGUUUAUUGAGUGCUAAUGGAGUCAGACACGUUGGCAGACACACACAUGACAUUAGAGAGCAUUUGAUCUAAAAGAAAAGACUGCCAAAGUCCUUGGUGGAUACUCAAAAGCAUAUUUACUUUUUAAUGACUGAUAUCGAUCUCAGGAUGUGUUUUGUAGCUCAGUUUUUAUAGCGUCUAAGGUAAUAAUGUCUAAUGGACCAUAUUUGCUUCGGUGUGUGAAUCACUAUGUACUGUAACACAAGUUCUUACACACUACAUCGACAAUGUGAAGCCUUUGGAAAAUCUUACUCACACAUGACCUUCGUCUUUUAAGUUAUCAUUACCUGAGUCAGAGUGAUUUUAUGAUUUUAACAUUUCAAUAAAGAAAUUAUCUAAAUGAACUGAUCUGUUUUUCUUUUUUAUAAUGAUAUUUUUUUAUUUCAAUUAAAGAAAGUUUUUGCUUAAUUUUUACACAACCAGAAGUGCUGGAAAAGAUACAAAUAGUAUAAAUAAAUAUAAUAAUGAUAAAAUUUGAGUCAUCAUAGUUAUGACUGUAUGAGAGUACAAACUAAGGUAUAAUUAAAAUAAAGGGAAAAGAAAUACAGAACACAAACACACAAAUAAUGGUAAUACUCUAUUUUUCACACUAUAAGGCGCACUUAAAAUCCUUUUGGCUUGUCGGAGCAGUGCAGCUACCGUAGCCUCAUGAAAGUUAUUGAAUGAGUUAAAUAAAGUUUGACUUAUCUGACUGUUUUGUUUGGCUUAAUGCGCUUUAUAAUCCGGUGCGCCUUAUGUAUGAGAAUAGACGCUAAAAGACGCGUUCAUUGAUGGUGAGCCUUAUAAUCAUGUGCGCCUUAUAGUGCGAAAAAUACAGUAAAACACUGUUGAGUUAACAUAAUUAUAUAAAGAGUGAAAAAAAAGAAAAAGCAUAUAUAAUUUGCAAUAGAGAAGUUUACUUAAGAGGGUGCACACCCUCUUCCUCUACCUACCCAUCACAUGAGCGAGGUAAAAAAAAAACUUAAUUAUGUUAACAUGAUGUUGUAUUAUUACCAUUAUUUGUGAAUGUUAUUAUACCUUCGUUUGUACUCUCAUACAGUCAUAACUAUGAUGACUCUAAUUUUAUUAUUAUUAUAUUUAUUUAUAUUAUUUGUAUCUUUUCCAGCACUUCUGGUUGUGUAAAAAUUGAGCAAAAACUAUUUACCUUAUUUUAACUCUUUGAUUUAAAUAAAAAAAAUCAUUAUUUGUAUCUUUUCCAGCACUUUUGGUUGUGUUUUCUUUUUUCUUGCCAAAAAUAACCAGUUCAAAGUUUCCGUCCAUCCUUGUGAGAUUUACUGACACGACCUCAAAGCAGAAAAUUCACUACAUCAGCGGCACAGGAUCCAUUAAUUUACAAUUUUAUUAAAUCUGUCGAUGAAAAACACAGACAAGAGACGCAAUUCUGUCAAUGUCGUCAGGAAGAACAGUCAGCAUGGCUGAAAGAGUGAGAUCAGGAGGUUUUGGUGCAAAAAAAACUCAUCGCAUACCCUUUAUUGCAAAUCUGUUGAUUAUUAUUUUUUUAAUCACCAUCUAGGGCCCUGACAGAGCAGCACUGUUCAAGUAAGGAGGGAGGGGGAGAGGUGACAACUGUGUAAAAAAAUCUCUCAAUAAUAAUAAUAAUUAAUAAUUAAUAAUAAUGACAAAAGAAAUAAAAACAUCUCUAUUAGACAAACACAAUCACCUCAGUAUAAGACGAGAUUCUGUCACAGUCACAACAACCAGAGAAAAGUUGUUUUCUUUUUUUUUAAUGAAUUAAAUAGUUUUUAAAAAUAUCUCACCAUUUACUUAUAUUCAUCUUUUUUCAUUUAUUGCGAAAAAUAGGCAACUGGACUAAUUGUGAUGAUGCGCGUUGUUGUGUUUGUGUUUGUGUGUCUGUGUUAGACAGAAAUAGAGAUUAAGUGGAGAGAGAUCGAGUGGAACGUCUUGAAGCGUUGGCACUGAGAGCAGCAGCAGUGUGUGUGGCAAUGCAGUACUCUCAUUGGCCACCAGGUGACACAGUUCAGUCUGAACAUUCCUCCAAGGCCAGAGCUAUGACGGCUGGAUCAGAGGAAGUCGAUUUACACCGACAGCAGCCUCUGAUUUUUGGAAUGAUGCUUGUGUAUUGAAACUUUGUCCACGGUCGCUUAUCUGUGUUACGAGAUCUCAGUUCUAUGUACAAAGAUUUCAAAUCCCUGAAGGACAUCUACAAAGACAAGUGCAACCUCCACGUGACCAUCCCCUUUUUUUUGGAGAAGCUCAGGGAUCAAAAGGUUCCUCUAUAGGGGGGGAAACAAGGGGAGAUAGUACCAAUCAGAUCAGGUAAACGUGACACAGUAGGACUUAACAGAAUUGCUAUCGGGAGUUAAAGUCAGGAAUGAUGGAUUAAGAUUUAGGAAUGUCAAAAGCCGAAGAAGAAGAAGAAGAAGAAGAAGAAGAAGAGAAGUUGUAAUCUUCACACGGGGGCACCAAAAUAUCCUAACUUAAUUCUUUCUAACACAAGGUCCAAGAGAGGUGAUGAGACAGGAAAGAAACCAGCGAAAUGCACGAAUAAAGUAACGCAUCCAUCGUCCAUUUGUUACAUCCGCUCAUGCUGAUCCAUCAGUCCCUCCAUGCAUUUUAAAAAUAGUCUUUACACACCCAGCAGUCCUCCUCCAGGUUGAAUUGAUUGUAUUUUUUUUUUUUUUUGCUCAUCCUGCACUGUCUAUGUCAGAGUAGCAACUGUCAAUGCUGUGCCCCCACCUUCUGGAGGACUGGCUGACCUCCAGUUCUCUGCGGUGCCCCCCCCUGGCAGGAGCAUGCGGCUCAUUUGGGAGGAAUGGGGGACCCAAAGGGGAAAAGGGUCUGGGGAGAAAUAAGGGUGUAAACUUCAAGUCCCAAGAAGAGGGUGCUUCUUCCAUAGCAGGGUGAGGGGCGGUAAGAAGAGGGACCUGGGCUGGAAAGAAAGGAGAAGAUUCUCUGUAGGCAGAUCUCAAGCACAGGCACAUGUGCUCACUCCCACCCACAAGAACAAACACUCUUGUCUGUCUGUCUGUCUGUCUGUAAGGCCCUGGCUAUGUAAAGGUCAUGGCAGAUGGAGCUCUUGGCUUCUCGUUGACUCUUCUUUCCCCCUUUUUGAUUGAAAAGAUCAACAGCUGUUGGUGGCCCUUGACUGGAUCCAAACAGGUUCAAACUGCGAAAGAGCGAAGAGAUAUGAUCGAAGGAGUUGGCUGACAUCUUGAUGACAGGAGAAGAAGCCCAUCUCUUUCGGCAUCCAUCUUAAAUUGAUCAGUUUUUGGAAGACACAACUAUUACGUCAUGUUAUCUCCAUAAACUUGUCUUUACAUUCCUUUUGGGAAAGACGAGGGGCUUCUGCUGAACGUGAGUCUACUCGGGUUAUCUUGUAAUAAACAUGUGGGACAGGGUAAGAAGAAUUAGUUUGUCUCUAUCCUUUCUCCACACUGUUGUACUUGGAGCUGCAACCAGGGGGUGAAGUUUGAGCUAACUGUUGGUGGGGCAAAAGGAGAAG